AUAUCAAUUUCGUCUCAAAAGCCGAUUCUCCUUUAUCCUCAAAUUCCAUAUUCCUGGUUCACUUCAUGCGUGAUUCCUAUUCCUCUGAUUUUUUCUCCUUUUUCUCUCUACUAAUAUUAAUGCAUCCUACGCUCUUUCCUUCUCAGAUCAACCUGGUAACUGCGUUGGUACUGAAUUCCUUAAUCGAGUCCAGUAUUCAUAAUCUUUGAGUUGAUAUGGGCAACUGGAGCAGUGAACGUCAUCAAACCACUCAACAAAGUGAUCUCGGUGCAGUUUUGCGUGAUGGAAAAGAAGUACUUCUUCAAGCAUUCAACUGGGAGUCCAACAAAUACAACUGGUGGAAUAAUUUAGAAGGCAAAGUUUCUGACAUAGCUAAAGCAGGAUUUACUUCAGUCUGGUUGCCACCACCAACCCACUCCUUCUCACCUGAAGGUUAUACUCCGCAGAACCUUUACUCUCUUAAUAGUAAAUAUGGUUCUGAGCGUCAGUUAAAAGCUUUACUUCAAAAGAUGAAGCAAUACAAAGUAAGAGCAAUGGCUGACAUAGUUAUUAAUCAUCGUACUGGCACCACCCAAGGACGCGGAGGGAUGUAUAAUCGUUUUGAUGGAAUUCCAUUAGGUUGGGAUGAACGUGCUGUGACAUCAGAUUCUGGAGGACUGGGUAAUCGAAGCACAGGAGCCAUUUUCCAAGGGUUUCCCAAUAUUGACCAUACUCAAGAUUUCGUGAGAAAGGAUAUCAUAGGAUGGCUCCGUUGGCUGCGCCACGAGGUGGGCUUCCAGGAUUUUCGAUUUGAUUUUGUAAAGGGGUUUUCACCAAAAUAUGUGAAAGAAUAUAUUGAAGGAGCAAAGCCAUUGUUUUGUGUUGGGGAGUACUGGGAUUCUUGCAACUACAAGGGUUCUACCUUGGACUAUAACCAAGAUAGCCAUAGACAGCGAAUAAUCAAUUGGAUUGAUGGCACUGGACAACUUUCAACUGCAUUUGACUUUACAACAAAGGGAAUUCUCCAGGAAGCUGUCAAAGGAAAUUUUUGGCGUCUGCGUGAUCCUCAAGGGAAGCCUCCAGGUGUGAUCGGAUGGUGGCCCUCAAGAUCUGUCACAUUUGUAGAUAAUCAUGAUACAGGUUCAACUCAGGCUCAUUGGCCCUUCCCAAAAGACCAUAUCAUGGAGGGGUAUGCAUACAUAUUGACUCAUCCUGGGAUACCAACAGUUUUCUAUGACCACUUCUAUGACUGGGGUGAUUCAAUUCGGGAGCAGAUUGUGAAGUUGAUUGAUGUUCGCAAGCGUCAAGGUAUUCAAAGUAGAUCAUCUGUGAGAAUUCUGGAGGCCAAGCACGACCUUUACUCUGCAGUAAUCGGAGAGAAGGUGUGCAUGAAGAUUGGAAAUGGUUCAUGGUGCCCAACUGGGAGGGAAUGGACACUAUCAACUUCUGGUCACAAUUAUGCUGUGUGGCACAAGUAGUGUUCUGUUGGCAUGUCAUGACCCUUCUCCACUGGAAUCACAGAGAAGAGAAAGGAAUUACGUGCUUAUAUGCUUCUGGAGUCUUAAGCUUGAUAAAAUUGAAGCUAUUUCCUUAAUCUCGCAGGCUUUGGAAAGCUCUUUAAUUUCCUUUCAACUUACGUGCUACCCAGUUAAAUAAACAGUAUGUAACUAUAACUAAUUUACAGUAGCUGCUUUGUUUAUGUAAUACAUAACAAUAAAAAUAAGCAGCUUUGUCUAUGUCAUAUAUGUAAAAUAAAUUAAUAAUAAAAUUUCUAUUAGUACCUAUAA